CAGCAGCAGCCGCUGCUGCUGCUGCAAGACCGGAGCUUUGCGGAUAUACCAAUUCCGCCAGUCUCUAUCGCUGGAGCCUAGCGAAAACACUCAUUUAAUGAUAUCACCGGUGCCACUGAAUUCAUCCUGACAUAAAUUUUCACUGCCGUAUGACCGGCGACGCCGCGUAAGUCCCGGCUGCCGAACCAUGAACCGUGGCGUCUCGUCUAGCAAAAAGACUUCAUCUUGCAAAGUCAAUUACAGCGGACGUUGGCUAUUAAAGGUGGAACAAACUUCCAACAGGAAUUGUCUGGAUGUCGUGAUGCAAAUGGACGGCGAUAAACUUCUGCGCCUCUUGGGUGUGGAGCUGGGGGGCAGAGCCCAAAAUAGGCCAUUUCAUCAUAUGGUUACAUUGAUAGACACCCACUGCGUCCCCAGUGCAACAAAUUUGUAUCAAUAAAACCGCUCGACUGGAAUUAUAAGUCACAUAAUCAUGCGUAUCUUUUCUGCCUUAAGCAGCCUCCUUCUGGCUGGAGCUGCCCUCGCCCAGAGCUCCGACUGCGCGCCCAAGUCCGGUGAUGUCCAGACUGUUCAGUUCGCCUGGGCUCUCCAGUAUCUGUCCGAACGGUUCUGGUCGUCUCAACCUCUCAACCAGACCUUCCUGAACAAUGCCACCAACGCCUCCAGCGCUAACUAUGAACCCAACUUCAAGGGCAUCACACGCGAGAACCGUCUGGGCGUCCGUGCUGUGCAGCAGAUUGGCAAGGGCCUUUCCAACUUCACCGCUCCUCGUUGCAACUUCACCAUCCCACAAGCCCAAGAUGCCAACAGCUUCCUCAAGAAUGCUUUACAGGUUGAGCAGACCGUCGCUGGUGGCCUUAUUGGCCUGGCCGCCUACACCCAAUCCCCCGAGGUCUCCUUCCUCCUAGCUCGUCUGGCUGCCCAGCACAGUGCGCAAGCCGCCUACCUCGGCUCUGAGCAGAACUCCACUAUCUUCCCCUCGAACAGCACCUCUUUGAUCCCCGCCUACACCCCCGACCAGCUCCUCAAGACCGGCAACCAGACCGGCCAGCUGGGUACCUACCUCAGCCAGUGCGUGACUGCGCCCGCCGGCCCCUGCGGCCAGAAGGUCAACAUUGGCCCCCUGGUUGCAACCCUGAACUCCACUAGCACUGGCGGUGGCAGUUCUAGCUCUGCAUCCCCCUCCAGCACCGCUACGGAGACGUCGUCUGCCGCCACCGCGACUAGCACGUCAACAGCUAGGAGCAGGAAGUACUUCUAAGCUUCGGAUCGAAGAAUUCAGGGUAUAUCGACAAGUCAACCGUGACAAUCCGCCAAAGAUAUGCUUCGCAACUUUAGGGUUGGUAAGAAAGAUUGAGUGAUACUUAUGAUGACCACAAUUCAUGUAUCAACCACGUUCUGUAAUCAUCUAAUUUAUGUUCCAAUGUGUGUGGGGGUAAUAUAAUGCGUCAGGUUUGGAUGGAUUCUGUGUUAUAGUUGGUUUAUAUAAUAGUUUAUAGUUUCUGGAUCUAUAGGUCAGAGAAUCAAUAUGUUUAUUAUGAGAGA